CGCAUUCAGUUCACACACGGCGGGAUACGGGAUAUCGCUGAUCAUCUGAACGGAGCCGACCGAGACUAGAAAUCGUGUGUUCAAUGCUCGAGAGCAAAGGAAAACGACUCAUAGACUCAACAGUCAGCUGGAUGUUUGAGGAGUAAUGAUAAACCUGUAGCGGUUUGAUAAGUCUGAUGUGAUCUGCCUCUGAACAGUCUACCGUCUGUUGAGGGAUUAACAAAGGUGGAAAGCGCGUCUACUGUUGUCCCCUGUCCAAGGGGGAAGAUAUGAUGCUUAAGUUUGGGGUCGUGCAAAGAGUAUAAAUGCACAUUGAUGAGCAAAAAGAGACAGGCUGGCGAAGGCGAAAGAAGUGGAUGUUUUGAGGGGUGCUGAAGAUCGUGUGCCGGAGAUGUCUCUGUGGAUGAUCUUACCCGUCAGCCUCCCAGCUCUCACCAUCACUGGAAUAUGGGUCGUGUAUGCUAUGGCCUUGUACAACCAGCAUGUCUGUCCUGUGGACAAUUGGAUGUAUAACCAGUCAUGUGAGAUGGAUCUGUCCUUGCAGAGGGGACCAACGCUAUGCUGUACUCUGGACAAUGUUCCCCUCAUAAGUAAAUGUGGCACACUUCCUCCAGAGAGCUGCUUCUUCAGUCUCAUCUGCAGUACCGGAUCUUUUAUGGUGAUGGUGAUUGUGUUGCUUCGUUAUGCCCAUGUGAUAGAGAAGCACCAAAACUGUGUGCUAAACACAGCUAGUCUCUCCACUGGCUGGAUCUGUGCUGCAGGACUCAUCAUGGUGGGCAACUUCCAGGUGGAUAAUGCCAAGGUUCUUCACUAUGUUGGUGCAGGGGUAGCCUUCCCCACAAGUAUGCUGUUUGUGUGUUUGCAGUCUGCGCUGACCUACCGCCUGGCCAAGACUCCGGGAGAAUAUAAUAUGGGUCACUUGCGCCUGUUUAUGACUCUGCUGGCCUUUGUAGCUCUGGUGCUUAGUGGGGUGUUUUUUGUCCAGGAGAGUUUUGUCCUGCAACACGCAUCCGCCAUUUUUGAGUGGGUCUUCUGUGUCAUUAUCAUGCUCUUCUACGGCACAUUUGCUUUUGAAUUCGCUGGGAUAUCCAGUGACACAAUGAUGGUGCUGGCCCGAGGGCAAUCUCUACAGACCACAAGCCGAGACCACAAAAUGGAGUCGCUUGGUGGAGCCAGUCAGCACCAGCCUGAGAGUCUGUCCAUAAUGUAA